AUGAAAGACACCGAGAUCACACAACCUAUUAUGAACGACGAACAGCUCCAGAUGAAAAGAUAUUUGGAACGGAACGAUGCUGCUCAAUCCGCAUGUUUUAUGUCAGAAUGUGGCGAGCGAUGUCCAAGCGGAACCAACCGCGUCACCGGAAUGUCUGGCUCACAGAGUCUCGUGGGCACAUCGCUCAAUGAGUGCGAUACCGGGCUUGGACGAAACCUGUGUUGCGCAGAUGGCACUAUGCUUGGCACUUGUCAAUGGCGAGGCUAUAGCGGCUUAGGAAUGCCUUGUUUCAGCGGUUGCCCGGUUGACGAGACGGAGCUAAUCCAGAGCAAUCGCUAUCGUGAGGAGGAAUCUUUUGGAGAGUCUGAAUGUCCAGGAAACACUUAUGCCAGUUAUUGUUGUUCUGACUUUCUAGCACCACCUGGCGGGGUCAAUUCUCCAGUAAGCAGCAGCCAGGACGACGACGAUGAUUCUGACGACCCGAUACUGGCUCAAUUUGGAGACCAGGCAAAGGCUCUGGCAGAGGCGGGUGCUGAGCAGGUCGGAUUAGACCUGUUGGCAAAGUCACUUUGUACAGGGAUUGUGACUGGCAUCGAGGUGCUUAUUGAUGCAGCAGAGCUAGAGAUUCCUAUUCUUGGUGAAUUUGCAAUCGGUCUUGAAUCUGUGGUAGAGCUCUUUGCCAACCGAUUUCUUAUCAAAUUAUGCUCCAAGCUGGUCGAAAAGGAGGGGAAAGCGGCAAUCAAGGCCAUUGAGAACAAACUGGAGCCCAAGAGAGUGACGAAGAAGCCGACCCAGACACGACCUCCAAAGUCGCAACAUACACCAGCAAAGACGCGAAACGAGGACCGCGGGUGUAGCAACAAAAGAGCCGAUAAUCCUAACUGUAAAAGACGCAAGAAGUCUAUGCGGACAACAACAGCAAUCUCGGAUGAACUUCACGGACGUACAACGCGUACUAUAACGCUCCGCUGCCCUGAGUACCCUUGGCCAUGUUGGCACUAUUCUUCUGUGAUUAGUGUCAAUCCGGGCCAUGAGUAUGUGACCUGUCCUUACGGCCCUCAGCCAGCGGAAAAGCGCCCGAUAGUGGAUGUAUGGAACGUUGAGCAUGAUCGAUCGCUCGCCGAAAUUGGAGAUUCUUGCGAGGCUGAUGAAUGGCCUCCUCGAAAGUAUAUCGAGGUCAAUGACGGCUAUGAAUUUAUAGAGGGACAUGGGAAGCGGAUUCCAAAGGAUGACAAACAAUUCAUUCGAUUUCUUGACGGGGACAGAAUAGGAAAGCGGGAUCAGCGUUCAGAGGCUGUCCGAAGAAGCACCCAGCAAACGAUGUUUCAACAUCGAUCAGUCUGGAAGCUCCUCGAGUGGCGGGAGGCAACAUGUAUACAGAGUGGACUCAGGUAA